AUGCCUGAGUCUAUCGUCAUUCCCGCGGCCGCCGACUCUGGCUCCGGAGAUGCCAGCGCUGGACCGCAGUCGCCCCAGUUGCAGUUCAGUAAACACAUUCUGCUCACCACCUACCCCGGCCAAAACGGGGUUGACCCGGUCUCGCUGCAAUGGGGAGCGCCAGAUGCCAAAUCACGCGGCCCCAUUGUGGUCUCACGAAACCCCUCACAGUUGAAACGCCGAAAUGCAAUGGGUGCCCAUGGAGGCAGCUACAGUAUCUACAAUGCACUGGCCAUUGCCGCAGGUGACCUGCCGGCAGACUUCAAGCCGGAUUUCCGCAACACCGAGCCCACCUUCAAGUUCCCGCAGCAGCCCGCAUGGGGUGAUAUCAAGAAGAUUGUCUCGCUGGACCCUUUUGGCCAUGAUAUCGUCAAGAGCUUUGGAGACUACCUGGAUGUCGGCUGGGACCUGCGACCAACCAUGGCAAUCACGCGCGCCAACAUGAGACUGGCCGAGGUCGAAAAGGCCGUCAGCGAGGGCACUCUCGAAGUGGACGGGACCAUUGUCGUGGACAAGAAUGGCGACGUGAAAGUGACCAAGGUCGCUGUUGAACCCGUGUGGUAUUUGCCUGGCGUGGCCGAGCGAUUCGGCGUCGAAGAGGGCACACUUCGCCGAGCAUUGUUUGAGCAUACCGGCGGCAGCUAUCCUGAACUGAUCACUCGACCAGACCUCAAGGUCUUCCUCCCUCCAAUCGGCGGUUUGACCGUGUACAUCUUUGGACCGCCGGAGCGCGUGUCGGAUGAGAAUGUGCGCUUGGCUCUGCGUAUCCACGACGAAUGUAAUGGAAGUGAUGUUUUCCAGUCCGAUAUCUGCACAUGCCGGCCGUAUCUUGCCUUUGGUGUCCAGGAAGCCAUCAAGGAAGCCCAAACCGGCGGCAGUGGAGUGGUGAUUUAUUUCAGAAAAGAAGGACGUGCACUAGGUGAAGUAGUGAAAUACUUGGUAUACAACGCGCGCAAGCGCGGCGGAGACACAGCAGACAAAUACUUUGAGAGAACCGAGAACAUUGCAGGAGUUCGCGACAUGCGCUUCCAAGCUCUCAUGCCAGACAUUCUGCACUGGCUCGGUAUCAAGAAGAUUGACCGCAUGCUGUCCAUGUCGAACAUGAAGUACGAUGCGAUUGUUGCGCAGGGAAUCAAGAUUGUGGAGCGUAUUCCCAUUCCAGAAGAAAUGAUCCCCCAAGACUCACGAGUCGAAAUCGACGCCAAAAUCAACGCUGGCUAUUUCACCACGGGAAAGACAUUCACGACCGAAGAAUUGGCUCAAGUCAAGGGACGUGGAUGGGAGAAGUGGGAGGACAUAACG